AUGGCAUACAACCCAUAUGGAAACAACCCGUAUGGACCGCCGCCCACAUUCGGCGGUUAUCCUGGUGCCGCCGGCGCCGGUGCCCCAGGCAUGGCUCCCCCGCCCGGUCUAGGCCCUCCGCCAGGCAUGUCUUCCGCUCCGGGAUUGGCGCCACCACCUGGUGUCCAGCAGUCCAACAACGCUCAAGCUAACCGACAAAGCGGUCUCCCGCCGAACUUCCAAGCUCCGAACAUCCCCAACAACUUUGACUUCAGCGCACCCGUGAUCCGACUCUCUGCACUGGGCGGUAAGCCGGGACCUCAGGGUGAUGGCGGUCGCAAGGACAGCAGCGCUCCUUCCUCGGGGAGGCCGGGCCUGGGCAUGGACAGGAGGGACGACCAGUCGAGGAACGCCGCCAGGGACAACAUCCAGUCGCUCGUGCCGCCUACUAACGAGGAGAGACUGCGCACCAUCUUCAUACACAAGAUCCCCGAAGGACUCGGCGCAGACGAGAACAUUGAAAGUCUGCUCAACUCGGUCGGAAGACUGCGCAGGUGGGAUUCGGCGGCAUCACAACUGUCCGAUGGCAAGGGAGCAAAGUUUGGCUUCGCACAGUACGACGACCCCGACUCGUUCGCCACAGCCGCCGACAUUCUCCAGGACGUUGAAGUGCCGUUGGCACGGCAGGGACCCAAGGAGGCGCCCGCCGAUGGCGAUGCCUUUGAAGGUGUUGAGAUGGUCAAACUCCAGGUUACGAUCGACCCAAACUCUCUCAAGUAUGCGGAAUCUUACAAGGAGAGCAGAGGCGAUGAAGCCGCGACCGAGACACGACUCGAGGCGGCCAAGGCGGCUCUGAAGCAGGUCAUCAAGGACUUGGUGUAUCCCAAGACGGCAGUCAAGGGCACAGACGGAGAAGGCGACACGGCAAUGGGCAACGGAGAGAACGUCGAGGUGGUCAACAUUUCGCUGGCACAGGACGAUGAGCUCGCUGACAUUCCGGCUGAAAUGCGGGAGGUCGUGGCGGCCGAGAUCGCAGCGUUCCGUGACCGCAGCAUCAGGCGCGACAUGGAGCGUCUGAAGAGAGAGGAGGAAAUGGAAGAGGCAGAGCGACAGAGGAACAACCCUCCACACAGGUCUCGGCUCGACACGCCCCCUCCAGAUGCCUCUUCCGGCUCCCGAGGUCCGCACAACGCGCCGUCUGGGCCGCGGGGCACCAAUGGCACCCGUUCAGUGUCAUUUGUCAACGGGGGCGUCGCCAAUGCUGAGUACUCCAUCAACCGCGAGGACGAGGAGAGCGACGCAGACGACGAAGAGCUGUAUCGGAGGCAUCUCAAUAAGCAGAAGGAAGAAGACGAAAGUCUGUACACAGAGGCGGAGCGCAAAUGGUUCAACCGAGAGCGCUCUCGGCAAGCAGCCCUGGAGCGCGAGCGCGACCGCGAGCAGCAGGAGGAAGAAACCUUUGAGCGACGAAGGGACGAACAGCUCGAGCGAGAGAAGGCCUGGGACGAUGAGCGGGAGGCGUCUCGAAAGAGCCACCCAUUCUACCGCGACCACGCUGCGUGGGUACGCAAGCGACAGAUGGACCGGGCCGACGAGGCAGCCAGGGACGACAACGACAGGCGUGCCGAGGCUGACGACAAACGGAGGGAGGCAGCCGACAACGAACACGCCCGCGGCAUGGCCGACUCGUUCCUCGACAGGCAGGCGCAGGAGCUGGAGCAACGGCAGCAAGCGACGGCCGCGGCACCGGCACCAUUCAAGCUCUCGCUCGGCGCGGCGGCGCAGCGCAACCAGCAGAAGGCGGCCUCCAACAGGCGCACGAUUGCUGAGGUGGAAGGCCUGCUCGAUGACGAGGAGCAGGACGGCACGGCCAAGCGACAGCUCAUUCCAAUCCAGUUCGAGCCGACGACGGCGGCGGACAAGAUGACGGAAGAGGAGCUCAGCAAGGCGGUGCGCGCUCUGGCGCAGGAGAUUCCAUCGGAGAAGGAGGGCCUGUGGAAGUGGGACGUGCAGUGGGAACACCUCGACGACAGCAUCAUUCGCGAGAAGCUGCGGCCGUUCGUGGAGAAGAAGAUUGUCGAGUACCUGGGUGUGCAGGAGGAGCUUUUGGUCGAGGUCGUCGAGGAGCACCUGCGGAAGCACGGCAAGCCAGAGGACCUAGUGGAGGAGCUACGCGGGGCCCUGGACGACGAGGCAGAAGACAUGGCGAAAAAGCUUUGGCGCAUGGUUAUCUUCUUCACCGAGAGCGAGAAGCGUGGGUACCCUGCUUAG